AAGCCAAGAUAACAAGCAAAGUGAAGGAAAGCGGGGAUGUUUCGGAGGCAAGAGACACUGCUGUGAAUUGUUAAGCGAACCACUACGAACAGGACCGUCGCUAAUUUGAGACCCUUAUCGCAUCUACAGAUGUCGCAAUUGAGCUGCAUAGCCUUGGUUGUUUUGAAAGAAUCGAUGUCGUUGUCAUUCAGGACCAUGUGUUGAGAAAACCGAGGGGACAAAAAAAAAAAAAAAAAAGGAAGCGACAGUUGAAGAGGCUGCCUGGACCCGGAGGACGAAGCUGCUGCUAUAGCUAGUAACUCAGAGCUGUGGUGCCAGGGAGGAUAUACACUCUCGCUGUGACAAACAAGACACGGAACAGAGGAUAAUCUCGGCCAAGGAUAACCUCAUCCACCUCCUGCCGUCGAGGAUAAGAUAAGUUAGUUGGCUCAGUGAGAAGACAACACCAGCCUUGGUCCACUACUGUCACCUCUAAAGCAGGAAAACAAAACAAGCCUUCCAGCGUUUUGAGGAUGAACCACUUGUCCAUCAGCGAGCUAUGUUGCCUGUUCUGCUGUCCGCCGUGCCCCAGCAAGAUCGCCUCCAAGCUGGCCUUCCUGCCCCCCGAGCCGACCUACAGCCUCAUGUGCGACGAGAGCGGCAGCCGGUGGACGCUGCAUCUCUCCGAGCGCGCCGACUGGCAGUACACGGCCCGCGAGAAGGAAGCCAUCGAGUGCUUCAUGACCCGCACCUCGAGAGGGAACCGCAUCGCCUGCAUGUUCGUCCGCUGCUCGCCCAACGCCCGCUACACUCUGCUGUUCUCCCACGGGAACGCCGUGGACCUGGGCCAGAUGAGCAGCUUCUACAUUGGCCUGGGCUCACGCAUCAACUGCAACGUCUUCUCGUACGACUACUCGGGUUACGGGGCCAGUUCGGGGAAGCCCUCGGAGAAGAACCUGUAUGCUGACGUCGACGCCGCCUGGCAUGCGCUGCGAUCACGGUAUGGCAUUCGCCCGGAGAACGUGAUCGUGUACGGUCAGAGCAUCGGCACGGUGCCCUCCGUGGACCUGGCUUCUCGCUACGAAAGCGCUGCGGUCGUCCUCCAUUCCCCGCUCACCUCUGGCAUGAGAGUGGCCUUCCCCGACACCAAGAAGACCUACUGCUUCGAUGCUUUCCCAAACAUUGACAAGAUUUCCAAGGUAACGUCACCAGUACUUGUGAUCCACGGCACCGAGGACGAGGUCAUCGACUUCUCCCACGGCCUCGCGCUGUACGAGCGCUGCCAGCGCCCCGUGGAGCCACUCUGGGUGGAGGGGGCCGGACACAACGACGUGGAGCUCUACGGACAGUACCUGGAGAGGCUCAAACAGUUUGUCGCGCAUGAGCUGGUCAACUUGUAGAGGAGCUGGAAAUGAGGGCGGAGAGGGAAAAAGAGAAGAAAGCAGGAGGGGCCGAACGACGGACACAACCUCACCGUCGUUUUUUUCUGUGUGUGUGUGAAGUAAUGCAGGUAGAAGUGGUGUCCGUCUGUGUAGUGCUGACUUUAUAGUGGCUGACUUCUCACGAUGGAGCACCUCUCUCCCUCGGAGCCGCCCUUACCUUCCACUCCACACGCUGCAGCUGUGAACUUAGAAGUACCCAUCGUUUUUUUUUUGUUUGUUUUGUUUUUUUUUUUUUAAAAAAGAUUUAUUUUAUCAUGUUGAAAUUUGCACAUUGCGUGUGAACGAAAGAGGACACGUCAACAUACCAUGUGUACAUGCGAUGUAUGUGUGAAUGUGUGCGCGCGUCACAUUUUUGCUGCCUUUUUGAGAAUGACGGUUUUUUUUUUGUUUGUUGUUUUUUUUUAACCUCAAGUUCAGCUCUUGAUCACUUUGAGGUCUUGACAAACAGCCUUUCUAUAUGAACUAGUCUGGACCAGUUGAACGCUGCCUGACUCUGAAGUCACGUCUGGUCCUACACACUGCAGUCACCAUGAUUAUUAUUAAUUUUUUUUUUUUUUGGAGUACUGUUUAUUAUUAUAUUUUUUACGUAUUCUAUAUAAUAUUUGCACGUAUCACCUGUCAAUGAAGAACUGUACAAGAGAAACUGACAUAUUACCUAGCUGUGCCAGUGUUGCCAAACAUUUAGUAGAGAACUAUUUAGUACAGAGACUGUAAAAGUGUACUUUUACGAAUCUACAGACAUCUCUAAAGCUGUGCUAGCUGUAUUAAGUCCUCCACCUCUCUGUAAUGUGGUACAGUUUGAAGUUGCAGUCUGAAUGUGGCUUCGCUUGCAGCAGCUUUCUGUGUGUAGCCACCGAAGAGGACGAGGCCGUAGGUUGUUGACCAAUAACGUGUGAGUUAUUUCCUCGCACCGUCUUCUGAAAACAUUUCCACUGCUCUAACUUGAAGUGUUGUUGUCGUAAGACCAGUAUCGCUCCGGUGCAGUUGCAGAACUUGGUGUUCUCAGAAAGAUUAAGUGCUUCUAUCAACAAAACAUCUGACCCCUUCUGAAGUAUUCACGUAGAUACUAACGAUCAUGAGGCCAAGUGGCUCUGGAGACAUCGAGUUAAAUAAUGUAAGGAGUAGUUACAACAGAUGUACCUGGAUCAGAUUAUUCUAUAUUUUUGUUUUUAUGUAUCUUUUUUUUUUUUUUUAAUGCUAAAAAUGUAACAAGUGUGACAGCAGCGAACAGCCAACGCUGUGAUCACUUAUUGAACCACUAAUGCCAAACAGGAUGAGCGGUGAACUUGAUGACCGCAGCUGGUGUCCAUUCAUUUUCAGUUCAGUAAAUUUAGUUUAAUUAAUAAAUAAAUAAAUAAAUAAAUGAUAAGCCAUUCAAGCAUUUACACGACUCACAACACCUGUCCUGGGUCAGGGUGUGAGCAGCUCACGCGUUUAAGGCCUUGAUCGUGGACAGAAUGUUUCAUGUCCUUACGUUAUCUUCCUGUCUGCACGACGUUUCUGAACCCACUGUUCUCUGUUAAUUUGCCCUUUCAAUGCUGAGUGGGCCACUGGCGACUCCAUUAGCUGUUGUCGCAGCCCUGAAACGCAAAUGUCAAAGUGCUACUGCAUGGCUGUCUUCUCUGUCUGUCUUUGGCCUGUACAACAAACACAGAACUACAGAAGGAAUCUCAAUAAAUCGUUUUGUUUUUUUUUUUGUUUUUUUUUUCUUAUGGGUAUUUUUUCCAUUUAUACCUGUGCUGUUCUUUAGCCUGAAGAAAACGUCACAAUUAACCAAUAAACCAAUGGGUGCUACUGUGAACCUUCAGGUGUGGUUGGCCACAGGUGGAGAGGAAUAAUUUAGUGGUUGGAGUUUUUGACCAAGAUUUACAUCGGGAUCAACAACCGUUGUUAUUUUUCACAACUCAUUUGUCUCAUUCUUUAUUUUUACUUUGUAAAUAAUAUUUGUACUGGACAUGUUUAUACUUUUCUUUCUCAAGCAUUUUGUCAUCUAUUGACUGUGGUCCUCCUUCUCUAACUCUUGAUGUGACAACGAUUCAACCACGUUGGGCCGUCUUUCUGACCUGACAGACGUCCUCUGUGCUGGUCAUCUUCGACAAGGGUCAUCUCUGACUUGACUAGAUUAAUUUUGUACAGCUUAUUUUAGAACAGAAGGAACUUCUGUGUGUUAACAUUAUAAUAGUAAUUCUAACAUGGAUAGAGAAAAUAAAAUGGUAUUUGAGAAACGA